CAGAGGUGGCGGUGGAGCAGCUGGCCACACCCCCAGUGUCUCUGGGAGCCUUGGCAUGGAAGGGGAAACAGACAAUCCAGGACCAGUUUCCCGAAGCUCCAAUUCAUCGAGCCAUCUGUGGGGGAGCAGAGCAGGAGCCAGAAGCAGCCACUAUGGCCCAAGGGUUAGAGGUGGCCCUCACAGACCUCCAGAGCUCCCGGAACAACGUGCGGCACCACACAGAGGAGAUCAGUGUUGACCGCCUCGUUGUCCGCCGGGGUCAGGCCUUCAGCAUCACCCUGUACUUUAAGAACCGGGGCUUCCAGCCGGGCAUGGACAGUAUCAUCUUUGUGGCUGAGACUGGACCCUUGCCAGACCUGGCCAAAGGGACUCGGGCAGUGUUUAGCCUCACAGGCAGUGGUGGCCCAAGCCCCUGGAUUGCUUCCCUGGAGGAAAACAGGGCCACCUCCCUGGAAGUAAGCCUGUGUGCCCCUCCCAUGGCAGCUGUGGGUCGAUAUCUCCUGAAAAUUCGAAUCGACUCCUACCAGGGUUCGGUCACUGCCUACCAGCUGGGGGAGUUUAUCCUGCUCUUCAAUCCCUGGUGCCCAGCGGAUGCAGUAUACCUGGAGAGUGAGCCGCAGAGGCAGGAGUAUGUCGUCAAUGAUUACGGCUUUAUCUACCAAGGGAGCAAGAGCUGGAUCCGCCCAUGCCCCUGGAACUAUGGGCAGUUUGAGGAGAAUAUCAUAGACAUCUGCUUGGAGCUGCUGGAGAAGAGUCUGAACUUCCAGGUUGACCCAUCCACAGACUGUGCCCUGCGGGGAAGCCCCGUCUACACCAGCAGAGUUGUGUGUGCCAUGAUCAACAGUAAUGAUGACAACGGAGUGCUCAAUGGCAACUGGAGUGAGAAUUAUGUGGACGGCGUCAACCCCGCCGAGUGGACUGGCAGUGUGGCCAUCCUGAAGCAGUGGCAUGCCACAGGCUGCCAGCCAGUGCGCUAUGGGCAAUGCUGGGUCUUUGCUGCUGUCAUGUGCACAGUGAUGAGGUGCCUGGGCAUCCCCACCCGCGUGAUCACCAACUUUGACUCCGGCCAUGACACAGAUGGGAACCUGAUCAUAGAUGAAUAUUAUGACAACACAGGCAGGAUUUUGGAGAAUAUGAAGAAGGAUACCGUCUGGAAUUACCACGUAUGGAAUGAGUGCUGGAUGGCACGCAAGGACCUCCCUCCUGGAUACGGAGGCUGGCAGGUGCUUGAUGCUACACCCCAGGAAACUAGCAAUGGUCUCUACUGCUGCGGCCCUGCUUCUGUCAAAGCCAUCAAAGAGGGAGAAGUGGAUCUCAACUAUGACACGCGCUUUGCAUUCUCUAUGGUAAACGCUGACUGCAUGUCCUGGCUUGUUCAUGGAGGGAAGGAGCAGAAGCUCUACCAGGACACGGCUACUGUCGGGAACUUCAUCAGCACUAAGAGUAUCCAGAGUGAUGAGCGGGAUGACAUCACAGAAAGCUACAAGUAUGAAGAAGGUUCCAUUCAAGAAAGACAGGUGUUUCUAAAGGCUGUACAGAAGCUAAAGGCUGGAAGGUCGCAAGAGCCCAACCAGGCAGAUGCGAGUUCCUUCAGCUCUGCGCAGCCAAGGCAGGACAGUUCUAGGAGCCUGGACACACCUUCCCUUCGGCCCAGUGAUGUUGUCCAGGUCUCUCUGAAGUUUGAGCUGCUGGACCCACCCAACAUGGGCCAAGACAUAAACUUUGUCUUGGUGGCUGUCAACAUGUCACCUCAGUUCAAGGAUCUCAAACUCAACUUGAGUGCCCAGUCCCUGUUGCAUGAUGGCAGCCCCCUGGCCCCAUUCUGGCAGGACGUAGCAUUCAUCACACUGUUCCCUGAAGAAGAAAAGACAUACCCUUGCAAAAUCCUCUACUCUCAGUACAGCCAGUACCUGUCAACAGACAAGCUAAUCCGAAUCAGUGCCCUGGGUGAGGAGAAGAACAGUUCGGAGAAAAUCCUGGUGAACAAGAUCAUCACCUUGACUUACCCCGGCAUCAUGAUUAAUGUUCUGGGAGUGGCCUUUGUGAAUCAGCCACUCACUGUCCAGGUGAUCUUUUCAAACCCACUCUCGGAGCCAGUUGAGGACUGCGUGCUGACCUUGGAAGGUAGUGGCCUCUUCAAGAAGCAGCAGAGAGUUCUUAUCGGAGUCCUCAAACCCCAUCACAAAGCCAGCAUCACUCUGAAGACCGUCCCUUUCAAGAGUGGCCAAAGGCAGAUCCAAGCUAAUCUGAGGAGCAAUAAGUUUAAAGACAUCAAGGGCUACAAGAAUGUUUACGUAGACGUUGGCUUAUAAACUCUGGGACAGAGGUUGGAGAGAUGGUGCAGUUGAGAGCGUGCUUUUGCAAAGGACUUGGGUUUGCUUUCCCAGAACCCAUACGGUGGCUCACAACCAUCCAUAACCCCAGUUUCAGCGGAUCCAACCAGCACACACAUGGUACAUAUACUUGCAUACAGAAAAAAAAAGACAACAUUCAUACACGUAACGUGAAAAUAAAUAUAUCUAAAACAUUUUUUUUUAAAGAAAAAAUAAAAUAAACCCUGAGAUGUGCUGGCGGUAUAGUUUUAAAACAAGGCUUCACCACACUGUGACAUCAGCAGUGAGGGAGAUGCCAGAGACAACUAGUGAUUCCAGCUGUUUACACAGCCUGCCAGGACGAUCCGGCACCCCGGGAUUCCAUGGUAUCUGCACAGAAGUGUGACUUGGCACAGAGGUCAAGGGAAGACAGGCUUGGUAGCCCACUGUCUUGCCAAGACAGGCUUGGCAGCUUUGCUCUGGUGAUGACUUAACCGUGUCAGCAAGCUUCAUUCCUCCCCUUGCUCUCAUCUCCCUCACCUCCAGUAGGCACCACUUUCUCUUCAGAGCUCCCAGCUGCCCUUCAGUUGCUAGGAGUUUCCUGUUGUUUCAAUGUCUGAGCCCAUUUACUCACUCAAGAAGUAUUUAUUGAGUGUCCAGCGUACAGCGACGCCACUCUGAGUUUAAGAGACAAGACAUCAGAGAAAGCAAAAGCCCGGAGCCUACAUUCUAGGGGAACGCAGGAGACAGUUACUAUACAUCUUGACAGGUGCCGACCCCAUUGCAAGUCAGAGAGAAAAAAAUCCCCAAGGCGUUUUUAUACACAUGUUCUGUCUGUUUCUUGGUAAAAAGAGAAAAAAAAAAAAUCCCAGGAGAUCUCUUGUCCUGGCCUUCCCCUAAACAUACUUCCCAUAUGACAUUGAAGCAAGUCUUCAGUUCUCACAGUCCUGGGGUCUCCGUCCAACACGUUUGUGCUCUUCAGGGCCUGCUGUUGGCUGGCAGUCAGGAGGUAAAAGCCAACUGAAUAAAGAAACAAGGUAGAUGCUUGGCGGGGGAAUGAAAUAGUCUCCUGGUCACAGGGUCACUCAAACCCUACCCUCUCUGGAUGUUCCUGCACACAAAACACAAACAACUGCACCUGCUUUUCCAGGACACUGCCAAAAAAAAAAAAAAAAUCAUGAUGCUCCUGCCCUUGGGGCACUGGCUACCGUGACUAAGACAGAUGUCCCAGUAAAUGUUCAGACAUUAAAGAAAGAAGUUAACGACUUCCAUUACACACAAACAAAAGGGUCAAUGUCGUUAAUCCGAGGGAGAGAAGGGGCGUGGUGGGAAUUCCCUGGUAAGCUGAUUGUCCUGUGGCCUCGGCAGCUGAGCA